UGUUUGUAAAUUUUCGGUUAGGUUUCGAAUGGAAUAGUUUUAGGUGAUUCCUGUUAGGAUUUGGGUUUUGGGAUUGAGGUUAAAAUGCCCGGGCCUAGUCACCUAUGCCCAUCCAAAACAAUACGAAGGAACAUCAAUCAAUCAUUAAGCAAAGUUGGACUCUAAUGGCAACACCGAAUCAGGAAGCAAUCGACACUUUCAUUAGCAUCACGGGGGCCUCAGUAUCCGUCGCCGUUCAGAAGCUCCAGGAGAAUAGUGGUGAUCUUAGUCAAGCUGUAAAUGCAUAUUACAGCGAGGGAUGUCAAAAUUCAGUACCUCUAGACGAUGCAAUGGAAAUAGAUGAUGUGAUUCCGGCUCCUCUAGUGAUACCUAUAGAGGUUAGGGAUAGCACUGGGCCAUCGGUUAUUAUUAAUGAUGAUGAUGAUGUUCCAACAAGAACAACUAGGCAAGUUAUACCUGCACCCAAUAAUAUUCAAGAUUACAAUGAUAUUGAACAAGAGAUGAUCCAAGCUGCCAUUGAGGCCUCAAAAAAGGAGUCUGAGGUGGUGUUAAGUAAUCCUUUGCCUAUUGAGAGGCCGCCGUCUUCGUCUCACAUGGGAGAUGGUGAUGACAUAGCAAAAGCUGUCACAAUGUCAUUGAAGUCAGGGGAGGAAGAAAUUUUGCGCAAUCAAGGAGGGUUUAACGCCUCAACCUCGGAAACAGGAGUGUCUGAAACGGCUGCUGCUCAAGGACCUGAACGUAGUACCCAAGCCCUGAAUGGAAGAUUGGCUGCACCUAGCUCACCAUUUGAGGAUCACUCUGAUGAUGACGAUGAUGAGGAACCUCUUGUUAGACACAGGCCAAUACGUGUGGCAUCUGGAUCUCUGGCCCAACCUGAUGCUGGUCGUUCCCGGAGCACGAGUCCUGAAGGAGAUAAUCAAGCGGACAAUGGCAAUAGAAAUAGGUUUCCUUCUGAGUGGGGAGGCAUUUCGUCUGAGGAACAUGAUGAAGCUGUCAUGCUCGAGGCAGCCAUGUUUGGUGGAAUUCCCGAAACUGGAUAUAAUCAUCUUCCAUUCUUACCUCCUCAGCAGAGGGCACCACCCUCACCUUCAUUGACAGCUCAGAGGUUGAUACGCGAACAGCAGGAUGAUGAGUAUCUUGCAUCCCUGCAAGCGGACCGAGAUAGAGAACUACAAUCCGUUAGAGAUGCUGAGGCACGUCAGUUAGAGGAAGAAACUGCUAGACAGGCUUUUCUGGAGGAAGCUCAAAGAAAACACGAGGAGGAACAGGAGCUAGAGAGGCAACUAGAUGCAAAAGAAGCUUCUCUACCGAAGGAACCACAUGCAGACGAAGAGAAUGCUAUUACUCUUCUAGUCAGGAUGCCAGACGGAACUAGACAUGGCCGCCGAUUCCUUAGAUCCGACAAACUCCAAUCUCUGUUCGACUUCAUAGACAUAGCCAGAGUGGUGAAACCCAAGACUUACAGACUGGUGAGACCUUACCCUCGGCAUGCGUUUGGGGAUGGGGAAAGUGAGUCCACUCUGAACCAUCUUGGUUUGAGCAGCAAACAAGAAGCAUUGUUCCUUGAGCUCAUCUGAGCACAAAAUAAUACUCCACCCUCCUCUUACAUUCGUCUUCUGUCUUUCAAGUUACUUUUUCAUCUUUCUUUCUAUAAAAGAAAAAAUAAAUUUGUUGGGUGUUAUUAUAAAGUAUUCGUACAAUCGUCGUUUUAGGCGUUUCAUUUGUA